GCUCCACUUCAGAAAAUAGCCCGAACUUUUAAACUUAGGCAAAUCUCUCUAUUUCCCCUCCCCGCUCCUACAGACUAAAACCAAGCGGCCGGAGCUGGAAAGUGAAAUUCAACGAUUGGCUGUAUAAAACCCUAGUCGGGGUUUAUGCCUUAGGUACCAUGUUCAUAGAAUCAAUUUACGGUAUACAAGUUCAGAGACUCUUCCAUUGAGGCAAAAUUCAAAACCCCAAAACCCCAACUCCGAAUAUUGUUUGUUGUUUAUUUAUGCUUAUUUGUUUCUCCCAUCACCAUCACCAUCACAUAUCUUCACCCAUUCCUGAAUAAAUCAACUAUGUCGCAAGAAGCAACGAUUCAAGAUCCUAGAGUUACAUGGGAAGGCUGUAGCGUCUUGCUCGACAUCAACGACGGCGACCGCCUAGUGUUUGCUCGUCUCUCCGCCGGCUCGACUUUGAAAAUUGGGAACAAUAAGUGCUCUCUGCAGCCCUUGAUCGGUUGUCCGUUCGGUUCUUUGUUUCAAGUUGAACAUAAAUCGAGUGGACCAUAUUUAUCUCGCGUUCUUUCAGCCACACAAGGUAAUAAUGUUCAAGAAGCUUGUACAGUAAAAGAUGAGUCAAAAGACAAUCGGGCACUAGUAGAUGAUAAUAAAGCACAAAAUCUUACUGGAGAAGAUAUUGACGCAAUGCGGAGACAGGGUGCAAGUGGUGAUGAAAUAAUUGAUGCUCUUAUUGCUAAUAGUUCAACAUUUGAGAAGAAAACAUUGUUUUCACAAGAGAAAUAUAAGCUUAAGAAACAAAAAAAAUAUGCUCCCAAAGUGCUUUUGAGGCGUCCUUUUGCUCGAAGUAUAUGUGAGGCGUACUUCAAGAAAUAUCCUGCUAGAAUUGGGUACUUGCGAGUGGAUGCUUUAUCUCUUCUACUUUCCAUGGCUAAUGUUAGUGCUCAUUCAGAUGUCCUUGUUGUCGAUAUGGUUGGUGGUCUUCUCACUGGUGCUGUAGCGGAACGUUUGGGAGGUUCUGGUUACACGUGCAAUGCAUAUUUUGGAGCUGCACCGUACUCUAUGGAUAUUGUGAGAAUAUUCAACUUAAGUGAUAAAAUUUGUGAAAGGAUUGUGCAAUGUCCUCUCACAGAUCUCUGUUCAGCUCCAAAUGGAACUGCUGAGCAAAUUGGAAAACAUAAAGGUGUAUGUGGCAUGGAAACACAGUCAAAUGAACACUUGUCUUCUCAUGAUUCACCUGCACAUGCAAGCGGCAUUGAACAAAUAUCUCUCUCAUCUGGAAAUGGGAUGCCAGACCUUACUACAUAUACAAUUGCUUCUGCGGUGGCAAAACCCUGGAAAUCUGCAAAAGCUGGAGAGAGUGCCUCAAAAGAGACCAUUUCAUCAUGGAAGAAAAAUGGAUUUUCAAGCUUAAUUGUUGCUGCACCAGACAUGGAUGCAUGGAAUAUCAUUCGAGAACUUCUGCCCCUUCUAUCAUAUUCAGCUCCUUUCACCAUUUAUCACCAGUAUCUUCAGCCUUUGGCAACAUGCAUGCAUAAUCUACAAAUUGGGAAAAUGGCAAUUGGCAUGCAAAUUUCAGAGCCUUGGUUGCGUGAAUAUCAGGUUCUUCCGUCAAGAACGCACCCAUGCAUGCAGAUGAGCGGAUUUGGUGGCUACAUUCUGAGCGGGAUUAAGAUCUGUGACACUGAAUCACCGCUCCAGUAGUAGUAAUUGCCAUCAUGAUUGGCCUAUAUACUAGCUGUUGUUUAUUUACAUUUAGGUAGUCCAUUUUUUUUAUUUUAUAUACCAUUAUGCUUUCUUCCCUCCCUUUAGAUUAAACUCUGGUCGAACUAUUGGAUUGACCCUUGGGGUCAUGUAUAUUCAAGGGCAUGCUAAUGUUCCUAACUUAUUAGAAAAAUUUAUAAAAUAAUAUUGCAUAUGCAAUGUGACAUCUAA